AUGUCGGGUGGCUGAACGAGGAGAGGGAACAGUCAGUUAAUGAGAGGUUGCUGCUGAUCUCUGAACAAGCAGAAGUUACCAAAUUUCACUCCUUCGCAUUCAUCCUCCGCUUCCAAGACUGAUAGGGAAAACGACAAGAAUCCCAUAAAUCGGAAAAAAGCAUGACCUCCUGCAUUUCACCGAUCAUCUCUUCCUCCUCCUUUGCCAUUUCAGACCCAAACAACAUGGUCAGUGCUUCCCCUAAUUGCACCAUGAAGACCCAUAUGAAAACAAUGACGUCAUCACCAUCAUCAGCGGCAGCUAAAUCUUCUUUCUCUUCCUUGAUUGCGCGUCGUGGGUUUUGCCCUAUACCCUUGGUAGCGAGGCCCGCGAGUGUUGCCCGUGAUUGUGAGCUUUCUUUUAGCAAAUCGUUGCAUUCGCGAAAUUGGACCGUUCCUUCUGCUGUGGAGGUCAAUGAUUUGUCGUCUCCUCCAUCCACUUCGUCCCCAGAAGCUAAUGUUGGAUCGCGGGUAAGGGUCACGGCUCCUCUGAAGGUGUACCAUGUUCCUAAAGUUCCUGAGCUUGAAAUUACGGGUUUGGAAGGUGAGAUAAAGCAAUAUGUUGGGCUCUGGAAGGGGAAACGAAUCUCCGCUAAUUUACCUUACAAGGUUGAAUUUGUCACUGAGAUUCCCGGUCGUGGUCCUGUCAAGUUCUUUGCCCACCUCAAGGAAGAUGAAUUUGAGUUCAUUUAACUGCCUCUUUCCUUUCUUCUUCUUCUAGUUUACUUACAGUCCAUUAGUGGAUGGAUGAUCUGCCCCCCGAACAGACAAACACACUUUAUUUUUCUCUCCUCUCAUUAUAAUAUAGGGAAUAAUGUCCCUGUGCAGUGAUGUAUGUUUGGAAUCCCUGUGGAUUCUAUAUCAUUGUGCUUCAAUCAGUUUUCUCACGUCAU